ACUUUAAAGAGUUGCAAAUAAAAUUUGAGUUUUUUAUUGUGAAGAACAUGUAAAAAUCUGUUGCCUAGAUACAAAGACUAACUUAUUUAGGCCAAAGAUUCUCUCUAACUUGACCUGUGAAUUGAAUUGUGAUGGACGUGGAGAAGAUCAAGAGGAUAUCACCCAGGUUAUAUCUAUAUAUAUAUAUAUAUAUAUAUGUAUAUAUAUAUGGUCUUUCUCCUUAGCUACUAAGACAUGGGAGAUAACUUAUCUUCUUAAGACGAUGAUUCUGUCUCUUGUGAUUGAAAACACUGUAAAGUUGGCUAGGACAUGUCAGCUUGUAAGAAAGAUGGCUUAAAAACAAUGAUGUGAAAGUUAUAUCGAUAAAUUCAUAGUUUCAGUAUUAUUUCACUUUUUCUAUACCGACUUUUACAUUUUUUUUUUUUCUUCUUGUAGUAAAUAUCCUGAUAUAAUCAUGGCAGGUUGAACCUAUAUGUAUAACCAUUAUUAUGUAGUUGAGUGGCAUAAAGAACGUAAAACUAUGCAAUAAGGUAUAUGGGUGGGUAGGUAGGAUGAGUCAUUAAUCUUAGUUAUGGGCUGAAGAAAGAUUUUGAGAGCCAUUGGGUCAGAAGUAGCAUAUCAAAAUAGUAGUAUGUUCUAGGCUCUCUCUAAUUUUUGUUUAAAUAUAUUGAUUUAUGGUGAUGAUGACAAAGAAAAAAACUGUAAUGACAAUUACCAUGAACUUUGUAUGUGUGCGUAGUGUACAGACUUAUUUGAUGAUUGUAUAUACAUAUAGGUUUGAGAUUUGAGAAUUGUGAUCUAUUCAUACAUAUCAAUGAUAUCAUAUAGAAGACUGGAUAGCAUAACAGUGAAAAUGUACUCAGAAAUGACAUCAAACACAAUUUUGCACUUGCAAUAUCAUUUUCAUUUACUAUUCUUGUCUAGGAGUUUGGUUUAUUUACCAUCAUUGAGUAAGUGCUUGGACCAAUUAUCCCAAAAGUUCGUUUUUUAUAUAUGUCGUGCUAACUGAUAGCUCUGAACAUUAUUCACGAAGUUAAUUAAAUUGGAACCUUAUUCAAACCCAAAAUUUCUCUCUUAUGAGUUCUUAGAUUAUUAUAGUUAUCAAUUGUUGUGAUUCUUGAUUUUUCAUUUAUUGUUUGCUUCUCAUAGAAGUAUUAUUUUCUUUACAAGCCUGACAUAUAUGAGCUGCAUAUUCUAGUGGUGUUUGCUUGUGGGGGUAAUAGAAAAUUUAUUGAAUAUCAAAUCACACUGGUCACUAGGGCCACUAUUCCUAAAUCUUACCUGUUUAUACUUAGUUUUCCUUCUCUUUCUUUAGUUUUGGCUCUACAUUGUUAUAGCAAACUUCAAAUGCUGGUCACUAGGCCCACUACUCCUAAAAUGCUGGUCCCCAGACAAUCUCAACUAAAUAUUUAACAGUCCUAACCAGAUUUUGAACAACCCCCAUUCAGUUUUCACAACAUAGAACCUUUGUCUAUGAUCAUCUACCAUGGAAUCUCAUGGUGAAGUAGACCUAAGGAGCUUCAUGGAUGAAGAAAGGAAGAACAUCAAUUUACCCAGGAGACUGUCUUUUGGUGCUCAUCAAAAUUCAGCUGAGCCUAGAAUGCUGUUUACUUCUCCAAGGCCAUCUUCUGCUUCAGCAACAUCAAUCCCAAUACGACCAAUGAGCCCGGAGACACCAUGGACACUCUCCCCGGUGCGAACAUCUCCCACUCAGCCUCUUCUUUAUCAUUGCAUAGCCUCUCUUCAUCGCCAUGAAGGUAACAUUUUCUCUAUCACACUCACAAAAGAUUUUAUAUUCACUGGCUCUGAAAGUAAACGCAUCCAUGUCUGGAAGCAACCAGACUGCACUGAAAUGGGUUACAUAAGGGCUAAUUCUGGUCAAGUUCGUGCCAUCUUGGCUUGUGGAAGAAUGCUAUUUACCACACAUAGUGACUGCAAAAUUCGCGUAUGGAAUGUGUCGAUCACAGACAAUUUUCGACCAAAGAAGAUCACUACCUUGCCUCAAAGAAAAUCAUUCUUCUUGUUUCCAAGAAAGAGCACACUCCAACACAGAAACAUUAUUUCUUGCCUAGCAUACAACCAUGAAGAAAAGCUGUUAUAUACAGGUUCAUGGGACAGAACAGUUAAGGCCUGGAAUAUCUCUGAAAAGCAUUGUGUGGAUUCAUUUGUGGCUCAUGAUGGUCAUGUCAACGCAAUUGUUGUCAAUGAACAUGAUGGGUGUGUUUUCACUUGCUCCUCUGAUGGUUCAGUGAAGAUAUGGAGAAGGGUGUUUGGUGAAAGCUCUCAUAUUCUCACCAUGACGCUAAAGUUUCAACUUUCACCAGUUAAUGCCUUGGCUUUGAGCCUGUCACAAAGCACUUGCUUGCUCUACUCUGGCUCCUCAGAUGGGCUUAUAAACUUUUGGGAGAAGGAAAAGAUGUCUGGGAGAUAUAACCAUGGAGGGUUUUUACAAGGUCAUCAUUUUGCUAUUCUUUGCUUAAUAGCCAUAGGUGACUUAGUCUUUAGUGGUUCCGAGGAUUCAACUAUUAGGGUAUGGAGGAGAGAGGAAGGAAGUUGCUUACAUUCAUGUCUUUCAGUCAUUGAAGGACAUCAUGGGCCAGUGAGAUGCUUAGCUGCUUCUUUAGAGUCAGAUAAUGUGGUUAAGAGUUUGUUGAUUUAUAGUGCUAGCUUGGAUCAAACUUUUAAGGUGUGGAGGAUCAAAAUUUAUCCCACUGAGAAGGCAAACUUGGAGGACCCAGUGAAAGAUCAGCAAAGAGAAGCUGUGGAGUUUGAGAUGAGUCCAGUUCUGUCACCAUCAUGGGUAGAGAAGAAGCUUCAAGGAGAUCAUUUUCAGUAGGAGAGGCAGUAGCUGGAAACAAUCCAGACCAUGUAAGGUUUAGUUUAGUAUGAUUUUGGGGUUAAUAAAAUUGAAUCUAAUUUAUUUUCUAGUUACAAAAUCUUCUUUCUAUUUAACCCACCAUCCUAGUUUAGCUGUUCCACCCAACUUGUAUUAAUGAAUUUUGAAGAGGUUCA